CAUCCUCUUCUCUCACACAUACACUCCAGCGCCAACCCCGACAUCUAGGCCUCACACACGACGCGUGCCAAGCCAAAAAACCCCAAAUACACAGCCACCGUAUCUAGGCAUCGGUUCAACGACCUCUUUCCCCUGGACUUCAUCCUCGCCGCUGGCCCGGCGCAUUCUGCGCUGAACAUGGCCCCGGCACUCACCAUCACCACAAACAUGAACUCGCGGCCGCCUUCGCCUGUGCCACCUCCCAUGUCGCCCAUCACGCCGCCGCUUUCCUCUGCUCAGCUUUGCGUAGAUGUGAAUAGAAACACAGUCGCUAGUUCCGAGGCGCUGCCGCCCGCUGCGACAACAACGGCGCAGCAACAGCAGCCCGCUCGCCCAACCUUCACCCACUCACAGCCCAGCCAAGUCGGCGUCCCGCCGCCGGCCUCGACGCCUAUUGAAUUCGAAACCAACCCAGAUGUCAUUGCCCUCCGAUCGGCCAUCACCGUGCUGCAAAUGCAAAAGAGCCGCGCAACAGCGGACAUCCAGACCCUCAGCCAGAUCAAGAACGAGGCGACAGACCACCCAGACGAGUUCAUCCGCGACCUGGCGCAAGGAAGGAUCGGCCAGGGUGCCCGACCCGACGCCGGCGACGACGAAGCCACUCGAGCAUGGGCCGCGCAGCCGAUACCAAAAGCCCAAGACGUGAUCCGUUGCCCGCCCAUCAACUGGUCGCAGUAUGCAGUCGUGGGAGAGUCUCUGGACAAGUUACACGCUGAGCAGGUGACCAAACCUACGCAAGGGACGCCUGCUACUGUUGGCGCUGGAGGCGUUUACCAGUUCAAAGGCGGCGAUGGCAAGCAAGAGGAAUAUCCUGGCGUGGCUGCUCCGUAUGCGCCGCUGAGAGACAAGAUUGGAAAGAAGACUAAAAGCAAGAAAUGAGGGCUGUGGAUUGAUGGAAUUCAAUUGAACUGAUUAAUUUAUAAACGCAAAAAUGGUCUUUUUGACACGACAUGAUGGCAUAUAUAUAUGAACGGCAACGGAAUCGAGAUUACAGGAGAGACUGCAUGCAUUCACGGCGUUUAGGAAUUAGAUGAACACUGGCCUAUCAAGUCAGACGACUCAACUGGUCAGAUUUUGUUUAUAUUUAGAACUGCUUUUAUAUAUACAUAUAAACCGUAAACUGGCAUCCCC